AUGGGACAGAACUCUGGAAACCCUCAAGGUAACCAGAACAACUUCAAAAAGCAGAAAUACCACCACCACAACAACAACUUCAACAUCAACAAUAACUUUCAUGGUAACAAUCGUCAAGGUGGGCGAAACUUUGAUGGAGGAGCGAAGAACUCCAACCAGGGAAAUAACAAAGGUCCAAGGCAUUGUUAUUGCAAAAGGUGUAGGAAUGAUCAUCCUGUUAAAGACUGUGAGGGAGGGGCUCAAAGGAACUUUCAGGGAAGCAACAACUAUGCAAGGAACAAAGGUGUACAGCAAAAUGGGGUGAAAGGAAACAAUAAUAAUGGGAAUAGUCGGGUGAAGAGUGGAGCUCUAGGAAAACUGAAUGUGAUAAGUAGGCAUGAAGUUGAUACUACGAAGGAUGUUAUUACUGAUGUCAUAGAUGUACCUAUAGUUAUUCCUACGGAAGGGGUAGUGCAGUGUACCAAAACCUUUAAGGAUGUGCCAUUAGAGAUCAAGGGAAAGGUGUUUUUGUCUGACCUCAUUGAAUGUGGGUUAAGUGACUUCGAUGUCAUUUUAGAAAUGGAUUGGUUGAGCAAGUAUAGUGCAGAGAUUCAUUGUUGGUCACAGAAAGUGCAGUUAAGUACAGUUGAGGGUGAUUUGGUAACACAUUGGAAGCAUGGUGAAGCAAUGUGCCCAAGGAUCAUCUCUAUGAUGAAGUUGGCUAAGUAUAUUAAGAAGGGACAUCCAGUAUAUUUUUGUAGUGUAAGGAACUUGGAACACGAAGAGACAGCUAAGCCUGAGAACAUAUACGUGGUGAAUGAGUUUCUAGAUGUGUUCCCAAAAGAGAUUCCAGGGAUGCCACCUAAGUGGGCAAUUGAUUUCACAAUAGAGUUGGUCCUAGGGACAACACCAAUUUCCAAGGCACCAUAUCGAAUGGCACCUGCAGAAAUAAGUGAGUUAAAGGAGCAACUGCAGGAUUUACUAGAAAAGGGGUACAUUAGACCAAGUGCAUCGCCUUAG